AUGGGUUCCGUACAACAUUGCGCAGAAAGCUCCAACCAAAAGCAGGGCAUGCAGGCUUAUGCAGCACCGUCCCUUUUCCAGCCGCACCAUGCUCGCCGGGCAUUCCACGACGCUCACGACGGCAAGAUCCCGCCAAUCCUGAUUGUGUACUACGGAAUCAGCUCGAUACCGGCCUGUCGGUUCCUUGCUCCCAUGGGUUUCGACGCCGUGUGGAUCGACUGGGAGCACACUGCAUGUGGCGUGGAAACCAUGACAACGAUGGUUCAUGAUACCAUGUUCAUGAGCCAAGGGCGAACAAUCCCCUUUGUUCGCGUGCCUGGCCACGACCACGCCGCCAUCGGAUACGCGCUCGAUGCCGGCGCAAGCAUUGUCAUUCCCCAGGUCGACACCGUCGAGCAAUGCAAGCACGUCCUGUCUGCCUCGAAGUUCGGCACCAAGCAGAACGGCUCGCGCUCGGCGCCGCCGUUCCGUCUCAUACCGGGGCUGACGGAUACGCCAUCCGCUGGCUCCAACAUCCACGAGUCACUGAACCAGCAGGCUGCCGUGAUGAUACAGAUCGAGUCGCUGGAGGGCAUCAAUAACCUCGACGCCAUGUUGACCGAGUGCCCCGGCGUCGACGCCGUCUGGCUGGGCACUCUCGACGCCCGCAUCAGCAUGAACCUGCCGGGCAACUACGGGAUGGGCGGCGACGAGAAGGAAUGGAAAGACGCCGUUGCCACGUUCGAAGCGACUAUGAAGAAGCACAACAAGCCGCGGGCCGGCUUCGGAAUGUCACCAGAUGCCAUUCGGAAGACUGCCGAGACUUAUGCGAUGAUCGGGUACGAUGCCGAUGUCGCCAAGCUGGCAAGUAUGGCGCAGGGCUUGCACGACGCUAGGAAGAUUGUCUCGGAGGUAAAGAGAGUGUAG